UUUAAUUGGUUGACUAGUGUAUGUGCCCCAUUUAUAUAUUUAUUCAUUCCUAGAAUUAAGAAAUACAUUGAUCAUUUUAGUUUCUUUUAGAGUAAAGUGUAAUUCAGUGAUUCUGAUUCAAUUUAUAUUUAUAUUUUUAUGUUAAUCAUUUAAAUUCUUUCACAAAUAUAAUGAAUAUGUCAUCGGGAACUUUUCAUUUAUCACCUUGUGCACCAAUUACAAAGUUUUUUAGGGAUAAAUCUGUUAAAGAGGUUCGUGAAAACACAUCACAUAUCAAUGCACAUUUGAUCAGUAUAAAAAGAUGGUUACGUUCAAUGCCACACCUUUCUUGUGCAGAUGAUGAUCGAAUAUUCUUGCCAUUUCUACGUCAAGCAAAAUAUAAUCAUUCAGAAGCUCAAAUGCGUUUAGAUAAUUUUAUUACAUUGCGUACAUCACCAGAAAGUCCUGUGGUUAAUUGGUAUGAUCGUUCAACCAUAACUAAUACAAUACUUGAUGAAUAUUUAAACAUGGGCUUUCAUUGUCCAAUUGGAUUCCUUCAUGAUGGGACAUUUUUAUUUCUGAUUCGAAUUGGUUGCUGGAACAAUAAUCGUGUAUCUACCGAGAGUGUACUCAAAUUACUCAUGAUUCAGUUAGAUCGUAUCUUGGAAGAUCCAAGAGUUCAAAUUUGUGGUUUGCGAGUAUUUAUUGAUUUCACCGGUGUCUCACCUUCUCUAUUGGAUACAAUUAAUCCGAAAAAGACCAUUAAAGAUUUAAGUAAAGUAUUACAGGAAGCUUAUCCAUUUCGUAUGAAAGGAAUAAUCUAUUAUAAUGAACCGCCAAUUAUGGAAGUUUUGUUCAAAUUACUAGCACUUUGGUUAAGACCAAAAGUUAGAGAACGGUUUAUAAGAGUAAAAGGUAAUAUAAAGAAAGCCUAUGAAAAAGUACCCGGUCUUGAAAGUGUACUGCCUAGAGAAUAUGGUGGUCACAAUAGAAGUAUUAAAGACAUUUUAAAAGAACAAAACGCUGAUUUUAAAGAAUACUUUUUAAGAAAUGAAAUAUUAUGGAAAGGUAUGGCAGUCAAUGAAAGAAAACGACCAGAAUCAUCGAAACGAUUAAUAGGUGAAUAUAAAGAAGCUGAUGAUAGAUCAAUGGGUACAACUGGAACAUUUAUUCCAUUACCUGUGAAUGACUGAUUUCUGAAUUCAUGUCGGAUUACAUUUAGACGAUAUAUUUUUUCUUUAAUAUCAAAACCAACAACAAUCAAAAUAGAUGUAAAUUUGUAUAAUUUAAUAGAAUGAAAGCAAUUAGUGAUCACUUAAUAUUAUUAUGGUGAAAUAGAAAGUACAAAAGUUUCGAUUUUUUUCUUUCGUACGAUUUAAUGCCAAUGUAUAUCUUCAAAAGAUACACUGAUAUACAAUGCAAUCAAUUUAAUUGAUUAGAUGAAGAUUAACCGAUAAGUGUAAGCUUGAAUCAAAUAGAUGUAGAAUGGUUAAACAAAAAAAGAUUUUUGAUUGAGAUCAUGAAUCGAUUGAUGUUAGACCAUCAUUGAAAACCUGGAAGCACUGGACUGCCGAUACGUCCUAUUGUGGGACUCCUCAGCAGUGUGCAUCCACGAUCCCGCUCGCGAGAUUCCAACACAGAGCCUUCAGUCUCGCGCGCGAGACCAGACUACUGAGCCGGCAUUCAAUGGUGUCUAACAUCAACCAAUCCACGAAAUUGCGCGACCAUCUCCCACUGUGCUGAGGUAGAUACCUGUUUCUACCCAACACGGAUUAGCUCCACUGGUCACGACUGGAUUUAUGAACUUACACAAUUUUUCUUUAAAAUUAAUAAUUCACUUACUGGUUUAAGAUCUUCAUUACAGUACUAUGAGUUUUUAUCAAACUACCAAAAUGGUUUUAUUUAGAAAUUUACCUUGAAAUUAGUGACUAGGUAAUGGAAUGUAAAAUUAUUUCAGAUUUGAAUAAUUCACACAGUCAAUAUUUAAAUAACGAUUAAUACAAAUUAUGUGAAAAGAUUAGUUGACACAUUUUCAGUAUAAUAGAACGUUUAACAUAUAAAUUAUUAUCAG